AUGAAGCUCUUUACUAAAAACUAUCUUGUGCAGGCGUGCAUGGUCGCAUUUGUUGCGGUCAUGGCGCGCUUUGUGUACAAUGUUCAUCAUACGCUGUUGACUCCUGUUACGGAGCCUUAUGAUGCACAUGGAGCUGCCCAGAUGUCCGAAGCAAACAUUCUCAAGCACACAUACGAGCUGGCCGAUCGCAUCGGUUACCGUAUCCUGGGCACAAUUGAGCAGGAAAUUGCUCGCGACUACGUGUUGAAUGAAAUCCACGCUCUGCAGAAGCAGCUGCAGGAGAGCGAGUACGCCAACCUUCACGAGAUGGAGGUCUUUGUGGAAGAGGGCGACGGUGCUCAUCGCUUCGACUUCAUGAACAAAGUUGUUAUCAAAAAAUACCACAAGCUCCGCAACCUUGUCGUCCGUCUGAGUGACGGUACAGACGAGAGUAAGGAGAACGCCAUCCUCAUCAACGCACACAUAGACUCGACGCUGCCGAGUCCUGGUGCUACCGAUGACGCUAUGGCUGUUGGUAUCCUGCUGGAGGCGCUUCGUGUGCUUUCACAGCAGCCUCAGCGACUUGCACACUCCAUUGUGUUCCUGUUCAAUGACGCCGAAGAAUCGUUGCAAGACGCUUCCCAUCUCUUCAUUACCACGAGUCCUCUUCGGAAAACCAUUAAGGGUGUCGUGAAUCUCGAGGCCUGUGGCACUUCUGGCCCCGAGAUUUUAUUCCAGGCAACGAAUGAAGAGAUGAUCAAGGCUUACUCCCACGUCCCCCGUCCCUUCGGCAGUGUGCUGGCCGAUGAUGUGUUCCGCACAGGUCUUAUUCUCAGUGACACCGACUUUCGCCAGUUUGUUCAAUACGGCAACUUGACGGGUCUUGAUAUGGCUGUCGUCGGUAACAGUUAUCUCUACCACACAACGCUCGACACGACUGCAAACAUUAAGCCCGGUACUGCCCAGCAAUUUGGAGCAAACAUCCUCGCCAUUCUGCGUUACCUUUCGUCGGCCGAUGCUGAUCUCGACAACAACGGCAGCGGCCGCAUGGUCUACUUCUCGUUGCUCAACCGCUUUUUCUUCAUGUAUCCCGUAUCCAUUGGCCGAGUAAUCAACUCUAUUGUCGGUUUUCUGGGUAUUGUACUUUCCAUCCGCAACCCAAGCUUUGGAUUCUUCAAAGCGCUUUUUGUCUUCCUUCUUUCCCUUGGUAGCAUGUUCUUCUUUAAUAAUUUGUGGGCUUUCUUCGUCAGCAAUGUCCUUGAUUCAAGCAUGAGUUGGUUCACCAACGAAAUGUACCCCUUGGUCAUUUACUUUUCCCUGUCUACCGCCGUCUUAUUCUUUAUUGGCGCGCUCUUUCACAUUUCCGACUAUCUCAUGUUUAAAGCCGUUGUCUUCUGCUUCUCGUUGGCACCUUUCAUCCCCCUCGCAUCCUCCUACCUGUUCAUGAGUCUUGCCAUAUGGAUGGUCCUGGGCUUGUUGUUGAAUGAUUUUGUUUUCUCACGCCCAGGCCGUCUCCACCCCGUCACUUACUUCAUUAGCAACAUUGGCACCUUCACAUUCGGCAUAGAGGCCAUCUACGGUAUGCUUGACAUUUUCGUGCCUCUUACUGGUCGUAUCGGAACAGCGAAAGUGGCCGACAACAUCAUUGCUACACUCUGCUCACUCGGCUAUACGGUCGUGUUCCCGUUGCUGACAGCGUGGAUCCAACGCUUCCACUCGAUCGGCGCGCUGAAGCGUGGCUUCUUCACUUCCGUUCUCGUCUUCCUGAGCUUGUCUAUCUAUCUGUUGCGCCAACCCACAUACUACGAUGCACUGCAUCCUCGUCGUGUCUUUGUGCAACACAUGGAGAACAUCACGUCUGGCGAGUUUUCGCUGCACAUCGCAACGGCCGACACGGCCCCAGGUUUUGAGAAGCUUGUCGAUGACAUCUCCAACGAGUUCUCUGCCGUGCCUGCCGUAGCAAACAACGUCGAUGACUGGAAUUCCGACUGGGACACCAUCUAUCCUUUCAGCCAAUUCCUCGACGCCUAUCGUGUGCCAUUGAAGGAUACCGUUUCGGUGGACCUGUUGCCCACCAUCACACUCGAUGAGGCAAUCGAAGAUGGCGACUUAAUGAAUGUGACAGUGACCGUUCACCAUCCCGGUCUUCUGUGGACCGUCUUGUCGUUCGACGCCGAGCUUAUUAGCUGGUCCCUGCCUGAUGUUCCCGUGGGCACUCGCCGUCACCACAUCCGGGAGGUCAGUACCUACGGCACUGAUUCGUACACGUUCAGCAUGUCAUACAGAAAGGCACCCAUUUACAUGGAUUUUGUCGGCAUGGAUGGGUUUGCCCACUAUCCCUCAAAAAUAAACGAGGGAGGCAACAGAACGAGUAUCCAGAUCUGUGACAAGCUGUACAAGGACAUCUUGCCUGAAUGGACCGAUCUGUUGUGCUAUGGCAUCGUCGCCGGCGUAUACAUUAUUGAUGCUUAG